GUGACAAAAGUGACACAACAAUAAUAAACGCAACAAAGAAAAUCGGCAAUCAGGAUGUCGGUGGAUGACAGAUUUCACUGGUUCUUCACCCACAACACAAGCAACAAAAGUGAUAAACGAUGGUUGAGAAAAAUAAAUAGAACCCUCACAUUUCCCCGAUUUUCACACUUUUUCCCGUUCCUCCUCUACAUUAUAUUUAUAUUUGCGAUGCUAGUAAUAACACUUCGUACAUUAACGCUACACAAAACGGGCUUUUACGACGAUACAGAACAAAAACAUCGACGUUACGAGAGCCCGAAGCAAUUAUCGGCAGACUUUAUCAAGCAUUUGGGCACAAAUCGGAGUGCCGAGACCAAUUUAAUAGUGAACGCACUCAAAAGUGCCGAUUUCAACAAUGACGAUGUCCUUACAACGAACGAGUUAUCAGACUACAUUGGAAAAAACAUUGCCAAGCACAUACGUAAUGCCAAACAGUCGAAUCGCAAGGCAUUCCAGACCAUAGAUGCCGAUCCGCAGGACGGUUUCCUCACGUGGACCGAAUAUCAUGCGUAUUUCCUGAAGAAGCACGGCUACAAAGACGAGUACAUCAACAAUCACAACGAGAAGAAGCACAGUUUGUUGACGCGCAAACAAAAGGAAGCAAUCAUGCGAGACAAAGCGUUGUGGCUCGAGGCAGCCAAGUACGAUAACGACGUUGUGACGCUGAGUGAAAAGGAAUUUUUAUUGUUCAAACAUCCGGAGGCCAGUGACUUACGGUUGUCGGAUACCGUGGAAGACCUGAUGAAGCAAUUAGAUGUCGAUGGUAAUGACUUGUUGUCCGUGGAGGAAUUUAUCGAGGCACUGCCGAGCGAUGCGAAUCUCAUGCCGCGUCUCGCAAAGGCGUCAGUUAAGGAGCGUCGCGAGGAAUUUGUCAAAUUUAUCGAUGUCAAUGGGAAUGGGCAUGUGAGUCGCGACGAGUUACUGCAAUAUAUCGAUCCGCGGAAUGCGCGACAUGCCAAUCAGGAGGCGCAAAACUUGUUUAUGGUCGCCGACACAAAUCACGACAACAUUUUGACGAUCCAGGAGAUGCUUAGCAAAUCUGACGUUUUUCUCGCUUCAAAGAUGAUCAAUGCGUUCGAUAGUCUUCAUGAUGAAUUUUAGAAAAGUAGCAAAUUUUUUUCCAGACAAUAGUCGUCGUUCUUACACGUAGCAGAGUAAAAAUCAAUUUAGACACCAUUACUAAAAAUAUUUGAAUAUCUAAGAACUACAAGAAAUAUAUUUCGAGAUUUUUGGCUCCUUUUUACAAAAAAAAAAAAUUAAAAUCGCAUAGAAAUUUAUAAUAAAAUACAAAAAUAAAGUCCAAACUAACAAAUAAGCAAAAAAACGACAAUUUUGAUGAUUAAC